AUGGAGCUCCAAGAGAAGCUGCAGCUGCCCCUUUGCCCGGACUCUGCGUGUGGCUGUGCCUACACACGGUCAAGCUUCACUUGUGGCUGUCCCUGCGAGAGGCAAGAGGAGGCUCAGGGGCCGCCCGCCCCCGGCCCCGCCGCAUCUUCCGCUUGCGGCAGCAUCUUGCCGUUGCAGUCAGAGGCACACCCUAGACACGGGGCACGCCUUGCUGGCGUUGGCGGCUGGGACCGCCCGGUAACGGGAAAGCGCAACGAGGUGAUUGGAGGGCGACGGGAGACGCGUUCUGGGAUGGCCCGACCCAGCCUUCUAGAACACGGACCGUCGGGCAGAGGCGGGGCACAGAGUAGAGGAGAGCCUGGCCGUCUAGGUUCCUCGGCGGGGGUGAGCUGCGAGGAAAAGGAACUUCCUGAGCAGAGAAGUAGGAAAAUGCCACCAGCGGUGCAGCAUUCGUCCCUCGGCGGGAUCGGAGAGGGAGCGGAAGCCAUGAACGGUGCCGGCGGCAGAGGGGAGCGGGGCCGGGGCGCGUCGACAGCCGUAGGUGGCAAUGCAGACCGAGGCAGCCCGGGCGGCGCCGCGACCCUCCAGGAGCCGCAGAUGAUCGGAGCCACAGCAGGGCUCGGCAGCCCGGCGCGGCCAGACUCCCCCGUCGGGGACUCGUCGUCGGGCCCGGCAGCGAGCGGGGGAGAGGCGGCGCCGGCGGCGGAGAGGGGAGCGGCGGUGCCCGAGAGGGUCCAGAGGAUGCUGCAGCAAAUCAAGUCGCGCCGUGAGGACUUGUCCGAUAAGGCAGACCUGGUGGGUGAGAUUGUCAAGACGCUGAUUGAGAGCUUUCCGACCGCUAGAUUCCCAGCCAUCGUGAUCCCGAAAGGCGGCAUCCACUGCCAGCCCGUCAAGAUGUCAGAACGAAGUAAGUUUGAGGUCCUGCUUGAGACAGCUGAAGAAAGACUCGAGCUGUGUCAAAGUGACAACUCUGGAGCCUCUUACAACCUGAGGUUCAAAGAAGAACCACGAGAAAACCCUUGGUCCAAAUUUGUAGAGAAUAGAUACAUAUCAGCCUCCAAAAUGCUUGCCACACUAAGAAAAAUGAUCAAAGAAAAAGUAGUCAGGAUGAGAAGGCUCGGGUCAGCUAUAACUGUGGAAAGGAAGAGGCCUGGAAACCCUGCAAUAACUCUCCUGAUCACAAAUCCACCAUCAGAAAUCUCAGUGGACAUCAUCUUGACUGUGAGAGUUCGGCAGACUUCUUGGCCGUCCAGCACACAGGAUGGCCUCAGAAUUGAGAAGUGGCUGGGAUUGGAAACUAGGGAAAGCUUCAUGAAGAAACUACUUUAUUUCAUACCCAGAGAGAAUUCCUGGCAGCUGUCUUUCUCCCACCUUGAGAAGCUGAUGAUGAACAACCACGGCAACACAAAGACCUGUUGUGAAUCUAAUGGAGAAAAGUGCUGCAGGGAAGAUUGUCUUGAGCUUAUGAAGUGUCUUCUAGAGAAGCUUAAAGAUAAAGAGCCAGAAUGGUUGAGCAUAUUCUCUUGGCAACACAUCAAAGCUUCUUUUUUCCACUCCUGUGUCAGUAAACCUGGUGACCAAUUCUGGCAUAGCAACCAGCUGGGGAAUUGCUUUAAGAAGGUCCUGGAAGAUUUUAUGGUUUGCCUGGAAAGAUCUAAGCUGCCACAUUUUUUUAUCCCCAGAUACAACUUGCUCAGUGAAAACUACAAAGUGAGAAACCUUUUUCUUGCUAUAAAAAUAAAAGAGGAAAUGGAGGAAGGAUUUGAAAUAUUUGGCUGCUGAUUUGCUGAGUUGCAGCUUUGGUAUUGGCAUUAGCUUGCCUGUUGCAUUAAUUUUUGUUUAAUUUCAACCCAUAAGUUUCCUCUUUGUGUUGAUUCCCCUUUCUCAGCUGAGUGUGAUUUUUGCAUCCUUUGUAUUGGCAUUGGCAUUAAUUUGGCUGUUUCAUCAAAUUCAGUUUCAUUUCAACCCACAAGUCUCCCCUUUGUGUUGAUUCCCAUUUCUCACCUCAGUGUGAUUUUUGCAUCCUUUGUAUUGGCAUUGGCAUUAAUUUGGCUGUUUCAUCAAAUUCAGUUUCAUUUCAACCCACCAGUCUCCUCCUCUCCUUGUGUUGAUUCCCAUUUCUCACCUCAGUGUGAUUUUUGCAUCCUUUGUAUUGGCAUUGGCAUUAAUUUGGCUGUUUCAUUAAAUUCAAUUUCAUUUCAACCCACCA